GACCAAACAAUACGGUCGCCAGUCUACGCUGAACCCUCGUUCUGGGCGAGCGGUCUCGGGUUCGGAUUCGCGUUUGUUUAUGUCGUAAGAGCGUUCCACUCACAUUCACAAUCACAAUCACACCCGCAUUCACAAAUACAUUCACAAAGAGACGCACUCAUUUGCCGCCUGCCAAGAUGAGCAAAUUUUUGGACUUGGGCCUUGGCAUUUCAAUAAUCAAUUGGUACUACUCGCUAUCAUAUUUUCUAAUGUGGUGCGUGGCACUACGGCUUACAACAGACGAUGACAAUGAGCCAUUUGUUUGGCUAACCGUUUACAUGGGCAACGUGUUUCUCAAUGUGUUUCUCUUCGUUGGCCUGCGAAAGAGAGAUCGCUUGGCGGUCAAAAUAUGGUUCUCUUUGACGCUGCUCUGGUUCCUGCCCAAACUGUAUGACCACAAAAGGGGUUGUCGUCUGGACGCGCGCGGUUCAACGUACCGAAUCGUCAACAUAGUCAUGGAAAGCUAUGUAAUCAUAUCUUUUGCCGUCAUGAUGCUGGUUUAUGCCCAUCUGCCCAAGAAACUGCCCAAAACUGAGCAGCGCUCAAGACAUAAGACAUAUGCAGAUACCCCCGAUAUACAAAUGGUGGAUAUGAGCUCAAAGGUGGCAGCAAUUGCGCCCCUGGCUACGGAGGAAGUGUUUACGGACGAGGAGGCAGAGUGCCUGCCUGGCAGCAGCAAGCAACAGGUGUUUGAGUUCCAUCGAGCUGCCGGCGAUGACUAGCAUAUUGUACAAAUUACUUAGCUAUAUAUAUGUGUACAUAUAUAUUUUUGUUUAUGUAUAUAUCUAUAUAUAUUUCUUAACAUUCCCGCACAAUUUCAUAUGCAACUUUAAUUGUUGUCACAAAUUUCACACUCGUUCCAGAAAUGCGUAGCCUUUUAUACAACAGACUUAAAACUUUACACUAACAUAUUACUAUUGUGUAGUUAAAUUGUUAAGUUUCUUUUAUUAUAUAUUUUUAGAAAGAAUGAGAGAGGGACAAUAAUAAAAACAACUGCGACUCGCAGUCGCAACUUAUCAUUGCAAA